CAGAGAGGUGCUGCGGCACGCGGGCGAGGACGAGUUCGGCAGGGCCGUGCUCUACUGGUGGCUGCCGCCGCGCGGCUUCCUGCGGGAGCGCGGGCGGGACCUCGCCGCGGGCGCGCUGGGACAGCGCGCGUUGUGCGUGCUGGAGGGCGCCGCGCGCGAGGUGGGCUGGCAGCGGCCGCAGCAUGAAGGCCGCCGCUACCGUGUGGCCGUCAUCGCCGACCUCGGCUCGCUGUCCACCGCGGGGGCCGUCGGAGCCGCCGCGGCCUUGUUUCCGACUCUGCAAUCGAGCCUUUUGUCGGUGUACGAUACGACCUUCUCCUCGGCAGCCUCACUGCCGUACGCGUGCCGGACGGCGCGAGCGCGCUGUACGGGUUGCUGGUGCGGCCGCUGCUGA